AUGGAGAAGAGACUACUGUCCCAACAAGCCAAGGGAUCCCACAGCUACCAAUGGAAGUACUGGCAGAGUUCAUUCGAGAGGACAACAUGGUUCGGUGGAGCCAAGAACCCCAGCAGCGACCGGUCCAAGUACGGACAGAUUUCCUUCGAGAAGACAACAUCGUUCGAUGGAGCCAAGAACCCGAGCAAGGACGGGUCCAAGUACCGACAGACUUCAUUCGAGAAGACAGCAUGGUCCGAUGGAGUCAAGAACCCCAAGAGCAACGGGUCCAACCACCCCAGCAGCGACCAGUGCAAGUACCCUCUAAGGCCACCCGCGAACCAAUCGGCCGUACUGAUAUGCAACGGCUUACGGACGGACGAGACCGCCAUUCAUCCCGUAGCGUUUGGCAAGCGCUGCGAGACCGAGCACAACCUUCUCGUGCCCAUCGGAGACGCCAAGAGGAUCAGGAUCGAGACGUACAUACGAUGA